AUGCCCGGGCAAAUACAACAGCAAACGAGUGGGCAUGCAGUGACCAGCUCAUCAUACGAUACUAUCCGCAUCAAUGCAAAGGACGUCAGCCCACAAAAGCUUCUCGCUAUCCUCGAACGAAGUCUCCCCCGAAACAAGUUCUCUGUCGAAAUGCAGCAAGAUAUUUACACGAUACGAUGGGACCGGGACUCUUUUAGACGUGGGAUGUGA